UUUCUCUGUUUUUAUCGAGGCUUCCAACAAAUUUUAAAUAUUCCUUUUAUUUACAGCCUCGGCCCAAGUUCUAGUGCCAGCAGCAGCGGUGUAAGCAGUUCAGGACUAAAUUCCCCUCCCUUGCCAAUCCCCUCAUCUUCUUCAUUUUCCCCUUCAACUUCAAACAAAUAUGCUUCCAAUAUUCACCACCAAUUACCCCUUGUAAAUGUCAAAAAUGAAAUUCCUUCAGCUGCGAUACACGCAACAGCCCCUUUGCACCCAUCAAUGUAUCAUCAGUCUUCGGCAGUUGGAUACUCGCCUAUUAUGCCUAUCACAACGCCUACUCUGCAUAUGACAACAUCAUUACACGUAACAACACCAUUACAACCCUACUUACUCCCUCACCAUCACGGCAUUCUACAUUCCGGAGGCCCCUUAACAAACAAUCCCCACCACCACCAAUCUUCUUCGGGACAUCAACAACAAUUAUUACCUCUUUGCCAAAUGCCCCCUAUCGAAGGUGUUUUUUAUGGUAACCAUCACCAGCAGCAACAACAAACAUCCUUUUCUAAUUUAAACGGAAAUGGGGAGGUUACUACUAGUGGAGGUGGACGGCUACUUAUUGAAGAGCUUUGUUUGUCCCCUCAACUUGAUCGGUUUUGCUUUGGAAUUAUUUUAAUAAAAAAAAAUUUUUUUAAGGCCUGUUCUAAUUACUCUACAGUCGAUUCGAACUUGUGGUGA